AUGACUGAAGCGCGUCAAUACGGAGAGCUCGCCACCCAACUAGUCACAGAAUCCCGACGCUCGACACAGACCGACACGCUCCUGAAAUACAACGACUCCCUCGUGCGCUCGCUGCUGCGCGAACAGCGCUCGCUCGAGUCCGCCCUCUCAACACUGCUCAUCGACGGGCACGCGCCGCCACCUGCACUGCUCAUCAUCCAAACGGCGAUCAACCGCAACAAACGCUGCCUGCUCGCGUACCACGCGCACCGCACGGACCGCCUGCGGGACAUGUACUGGGCGGCGGGCGGCGCGCUGCCGCAUGUGCUCGGGAACCAGGAGACGCGGGCGAAGAUGUCGCCGUAUGAGGUGGACUAUCUGCGCGCGUACCAUGCGUCUGUGAUGGAGUUCCGCGCAGAGUUUGCGUAUGAGUUGGAUAUCACCGCGAGCAUUGUGGAUCCGCCGAAGGAUCUGCAGGUCCUCGUGCGCGUCGUGCGGGACUGUGGGAUGAUACAGACGGAGUUGGGGGUUAUAGAUUUUCAGAAGGGGCAGCGGUUUAUGGUGCGCAGGGCGGAUAUCGAGCAUCUCAUUGUGCAGGGUUACUUGGAGGAGGUUUGA